AUCAGAGUUUGGGAUCAGGCUUGGGUAGGAAUUUUAGCUAGGUAGUUAGCUUAGAUGGGGGGGUAUUCAAGAAGAUGUGCCGGCUGUAAGUACCAUUCCUUUGCUUUCUCUUGGUCUCCUGGGGGCGGGGUGUGAGUCCUGGGUCCCCUCCACAGCUUUAGCUCUCUGGUCCACCAGGGAGCUUCAUGGCUGAGUGGCGAUUUGAACUCUGCUCUCCCAGGUCCUCCCAGUCCAGCCCUCCAACCACUACACCUCUGCCUGGCUCCAUUUUGCAUCUCUCCAGCUGCCCUACAACAUUGGCCUUCUUCCCCUUCCUGGGGGGGGGUCUCUCUGGCUCCAAGAAAAACUCUACCCCCUUCCUCAUGUUCUGCUCCUCUUCUGGGUCACCUUGAUGCUUGGAGGACCCUCCUAGGGGUCCCCUCCCUCACCAGGAAGGGCAGGGCUGUCCUAAGAAGACGAGGCAGAGCAGCCCUUUAACAGUUGGCAAUGCUUGUCUUCCCUUUGGGUUGGAGCUCUUGAACCCAUAGCACUUGGGGCCUCCUUUCUCUCUCUGCCAGCCAUUCGUGCUCUGGGCUGCCUCUUUCCAGCUCUGCCGAUGCCCUUUCAGGUUGCAGAACUGCAGAUAGAUGGCAGGAAUUGGGCCAGACGCCCCUCCUUACACACACACACCCAAAUUGGGGCUGCCAGUUUCUGAGUCGCUCUCUCUGCUCGUCUCUUCUAGGUUCAGGCGCUUAAGGCGCCUGAUCAGCUGCAACAAGGUGGCCCCCUUGGAAGUCCUGGAGCAGCCUCCGGUGUCAGGUGACCAAGUGGCCCUCCUUUUGGGGACGGAGGAGGGCAGGAAUGGUCUAGAGGGGCAUCUAGUAAAAAGAUGCACAGAGCCAGACGGCUGGAUCCAACCUGCCUAUCUGUGACAGCAUCUAGAAACCCAACCGCCCCCGCCCCCAGUAACCACCCCAUUUUGUGGGGUCUGUUGGAGGAAGCAGGGGGCUGGGCUGUGGGGCAAGGCAGGGGGGCAGUUGUCAGUGGGAGGGGCAUCUUCCCUGGGGAGCCAUGUUCUGGGGGCAGGAGGGCAGGAUUGGCCCCCAAGGCUUGGGGUGUCUUUUUCCUGUAGUAGGACUUGGAAUCCAGGAGAAAACUCUUGGAAAAGCCUUGCAAGGGGCUCAGGGAGGAAGUCGCCAAUCCCCAUGUCCUUCUCUUUGCAGAUGUGCUAGGAAUCCACAUCCCUCCGUUGUGGUGAGUAUUGGAUAAAACGAGAGUAUUGGAUAAAAGAGGGGGAAACCUGCCCCCCUCUUGCACUCCACUCUGCACUCUCAGAUGUGGAGGAGCCCUCCCCCCGCAAGGAACUGACAGCCUGACUUUUGCCUUUCAGCUGCUAGACAAAGAUCAGCUGUAUCUCCUGGGCAUCAUCCAGGACUGCCAGGCAGCUCGGCUCAGGGGGCUCCGAACCCUGAAGUACUCCAAGGAGGAGACUGCCAAAGCCAUUCUGGUGAGUGAUGGGUGGUGUGAGGGACCCCCAUGGGGAGGGAGGGGCAGAGAGGGGGCUGGUGUUUGGGGUUGGAGCCGUCCUCUGGAGACUCCUGGAAGGAGCUGACUUUCCUCCUCUGCUCUCUUCCAGGACAUCCUCGGCCACUUGGAGUACUUCAGGGAUCGCCCCCUGAGCCUGGCCCUGGCCUUUGAGGCCCUCCUGCAGUUGAGGUGAGUGGGGUCUUUGGGGUGGGUGCGGCUGCAGGGGGGCAGAACUCCAGGGGGAACUUUGGGUGGGCAAGUCAGGCAGGAGGGAGAAGGGGACAAGGGAGACUUGGAGGAGGCAGUGUCUAACCCCUUCCCUUUCUCUCUCCAGUUUUAUGAGACCCCACUUCAGUCCCUCUGUGGUGAGUGCGAUCCUCCAUAGAACAACAGAGGCAGUUCUGGGGAGCGCAGAGGAGGACAAAGAGGUAUGUCCUCUGCUUUAACUUCUCUUUGCACAGCUCUUUCUUCUUCCCACACUCUUACAAAAUUUAACCCAGCAGCAGUCAACCUCUCUUCUCUCUUUUCCCACAGGGACUGAAGAGGCCAUUCCAGAGCCUGCUGGGGGGUCUCCUCCUAGAAGCCCCCAAUACUAGCACCCUUCUCCAGUUGCUUACUGUAAGUAUCCUGAUAGCACCAGGAGUGGUUUUAGGGUUGCCCCCCUGUCCCUUACCCAACUAACUGUCCCAUUUCUUUCAUCCCGCAGGACCUCCGAUAUUACGCCCUUUUGGGGAGUGAAGACCAAAGAAAAUUAGGGGCCAGCAGUAUAUCCCUGCUGCUGGCCCUUUCACGAAGAUUCCCGAACCUCAGAGUAAGUAUUUUGCCUUCCUGUACAGUGGUGCCCCGCAAGACGAAUGCCUCGCAAGACGGAAAACCCGCUAGACGAAAGGGUUUUCCGUUUUUGAGUUGCUUCACAGGACGAAUUUCCCUAUGGGCUUGCUUUGCAAGACGAAAAUGUCUUGCGAGUCUUGAGAUUUUUUUUUCGCUUUUCCCCCCCUUUAUCUAAUCCGCUAAACCUUUAAUAGCCUUUAAUAGCCUUUUAGCAGCUAAUCCGCUAAGCCUUUAAGCCUUUAAUAGCCGCUAAACCGCUAAUAGCGCUAAUCUGUUAAGCCGCUAAUAGGGUUGCUUCGCAAGACGAAAAAACCGCUAGACGAAGACUCUCGCGGAACGGAUUAAUUUCGUCUUGCGAGGCACCACUGUAUUCAGUUCUUUGGUUGUUUCCAUCCUUCCUGGGUGGGGCUGCUUCUCUUACACCCAUCCAGGGUGGGGUAAUAGUGUCAUCUGACUCAAAUUUGUCUUUCCUCUGCAGAACACAGUAAUUCGUCCGGAGCAGGCUUGUUUCAGGAAUAAUCUGAAAGAAGGUAAGCCCCACACCUUGGGGACAGUGAACUCCCUUGUCCCUUGUUUGCCCAAGACACACCUCCCAGGUCUUCUUGCUGGGAGUCCUGCAGGACCUGCUCCCUGCCUGGCAGGCCUUUCCCACCUGGCCUGGGAGGGCAGCACCCAGACUGACUCCAGCUACAAGAAACGGAGAGGACUGAACUGAUUUUCUCUCUUUUUUAUUCUUUUCCAUCCAGAUGACAUCAUAAUUGAGGAGUUAUGAUUUUCCUCCUUGAAGAAAUUGCUGCUCUAUUUGAACAUCUCAACUGGCCAAAGACUGGCAGAGGAAGAGGCACUGAGAAUCAGGAGAGGGACAGAUGAUUUAAUUAGCCAUGAAAUAUGGACUGAGGUUGGGCAGAAGAAAGAAAGAAAGAAAGAAAGAAAGAAAGAAAGAAAGAAAGAAAGAAAGAAAGAAAGAAAGAUGGUCAUCUAAUCUCUGCUUUAAAACCUGCAAGGAAGGAGAGUCCAUCACCUUCCAGGGGAGUCCAUUCCUCUGUUGAACAAUGUUCAGUCGGAAUCUCCUUUGUUGUAUCCUGAAGCCAUUGGUUUGAGUCCUACCAUCCAGAGCAGGAGAAAAAAAGCUGGCUGCAUCUUCCAUGUGACAGCCCUUGAGUUAUUUGAAAAUGGCUCUCUCUGGUGUCACUGGAUCAAGCUGAUCGAUUUUCUUGCAUACCUUAAACUAAAUUGUUUUUAAUGGAUUCUGAAUCAACGUGC